UUUCUUACAAAUCUUCAUUCUUGAUUCAAGGCACAAAUUCUUCAUUUGACAUCUUUCAAUUUUCUCACCAACCCAACCAAAUCAAACAAAAACUACCAUUCUUUUCUUUCUUUAUUUCAUUUUUUCUCUCUUCACUUUCAAAUAAAUCUUGUGGUGGUUGUUCAAAUGCAUUGCCAUUUCACCAAACUCACCAUAUAGACUAAAAAAUAUAUACAAACAAAUUUAUCACAACCAUGUUUCACACACAAAGAUUACAACCCUUUUCUUCAUCAUUCAUGAGUUUGUGAUCAUUAUUUAUUAAUUGUCUUUUUUAUCAUUACAAAAAUCAAUCUUUAUGGCUACAGCUACUACAAACUCAUCAAUAUUUCAUAACCUGUAUUCUUCUUCCACAAGAAAAUCUUCCUCUUCUUUUUCAUGUCAUUCAUUGGCAUCACCCCAUUUGAGUUUUGUUGGUUUAAGGAAAUCCAAGUUGGGUUUUGAGUCCAAAAUCUCAAUAAAAGAAUUGGAAUGGAAAAAAGGUAGAAGAACAAAAGAGUUGAGAAAACAAUGGAGUGUGAGGUGCACUGCAGAAGGAAUAGAUGGAGGAAUGUUUGUGGGAGGAAGAGGAAGAGAAGAUGGUAUUUUUGUUAGUAUUCCAGAAAGGUAUAAGGUUGUAUUGUUGUUGGCAUGUGUUAUGUGUCUUUGUAAUGCUGACCGUGUUGUCAUGUCGGUUGCUGUUGUUCCUCUUGCUGCUAAACAUGGUUGGUCUAGUUCUUUUCUUGGUAUUGUUCAGUCAUCAUUCCUGUGGGGAUAUAUAUUCUCUUCAGUGAUUGGAGGAGCUUUGGUAGAUAGAUAUGGAGGAAAAAGGGUGUUGGCUUGGGGUGUAUUGUUAUGGUCUUUGGCAACUCUACUUACACCUUUAGCAGCAAACCACUCCACAAUAGCUUUGUUGGCAAUUCGUGCUUUCUUUGGACUCGCUGAGGGAGUAGCUCUUCCAUCCAUGAGCACUCUUUUAUCAAGGUGGUUCCCAAAUAAUGAGAGAGCAACUGCAUUUGGAAUAUCGAUGGCCGGAUUUCAUAUUGGCAAUGUAAUAGGCUUGUUAAUAACACCAAUUAUGUUGUCAACAAUUGGAAUUUUUGGUCCUUUUAUAUUAUUCACAUUUAUUGGUUUACUAUGGGUGAUGACAUGGUCAUAUCGAGUUACAGAUGAUCCUUUUGAAAGCAAUUUCAUCAGCAGAUCAGAACUAAGAUUAAUCCAAUCCGGAAAAACUGCUUCUCCGAAAAAGAGUAACAAGUUUCCUCCCUUAGGACUUAUUUUAUCAAAAUUACCAUCAUGGGCUAUAAUAUUUGCCAAUGCAACUAACAACUGGGGCUACUUUGUUCUUCUCUCAUGGAUGCCGGUUUAUUUCAAAAGUGUAUAUAAUGUGAAUUUGAAGCAAGCUGCUUGGUUUAGUGCAGUUCCAUGGGCAACAAUGGCAAUUUCAGGUUAUCUAGCUGGUACUGCAUCAGAUUUCUUAAUCAAUGCUGGGUAUCCAACGACAUUUGUUCGUAAAUUCAUGCAGACAAUUGGAUUUAUUGGACCGGCUGUGACCUUGAUCUGCUUGAAUUAUGCAAAUACACCAACAAUGGCUGCUACACUCUUGACUGCAGCUUUGAGCUUGAGCUCUUUCAGCCAAGCUGGCUUUAUGCUUAACAUACAAGACAUUGCUCCUCAGUAUGCAGGAACUCUACAUGGAAUAUCAAAUUCAGCUGGAACAUUAGCAGCUAUCAUAAGCACAAUUGGAACUGGUUAUUUUGUACAAUGGCUAGGAUCAUUUCAGGCAUUUCUAACUAUAACAGCAUGUCUCUAUGUUGUCACCACUAUUUUUUGGAAUCUUUUUGCUACAGGAGACCAAGUUUUGUGACUUCUUCUCAUUCAAAAAUUCAUUAUCUUCUAUGAGAAAUGAAUGGAAAAAAUUAUUUCCUCCUUAUGUUGAUUCAUAGCUAAAAAAGUUAAAAUAUUUUCUGGCUAAACCAAAUAGUUUGUGUGUUGUUUGUAAUUUCAAAACUUUAUCCAAUAUAGUAGUUAGUCGAAGUAGAAGUUAGUUAGGCAACUCUUAGUUAGUUACUUGCAAUGCAAGGUAACUAACUUUGUAGAGAGAUUGUUAUAAAUAGUGUUCACCAUGAGUGUCAUUGUAUUCAUUCAUUUUUCUCUACUAAAUAAAACACUAUUUUCUCUAA